ACAUUUGCAAUAGGAAGCAUAAUUGAUCCUUUCCUUCAAUAAUAUGUGCUUCUUUAAAAACCAUCUCAAUUUAAAGAAUUUAUAGUGAUAGGAAAAAGAAAAAACUUUAUAAUUCAGUGUUCAACAAUAGCUUUGCUUCUCCUGACUCAAAGGGGGAAUUAUUUAAUAGCGCCCAUCUCCCUUUUCUCUUUGGCUGCCAAGGAGCCAAUAGCCAAGUUCCAAAUUUAGCAAAAGCAAGUAGGCAUCUACUUGUUGUACCACUGUAUACUACUUGGUCAAGGUCUUCACUCACUUCUUAUUUACAUUUUCCCUAACCCUUAUUUUUCGUAUCCCAAAGCGCAAAUUGCUUUCAUUGUUUGGUUGGGAGAACUGUGCCAUUUCGCAAACAUAAAGACAUCUGAGAGAGCGGCUUCUGCCCAAAUCACUUUCGGCUCCAGAUAACGAGUGGGCAACAAGCCCCCUCGCCCCGCCCCUCCCCGCGCCUCAUGCCUUCUCUCCGCCCCCUCGCCCCCGGUUCCGCCCCGCCUCCUCUUUUCCAGCGUGGGCACCGCCUCUUCUCGCGGGAGCGGUGCCCUGUUGGGGACAGGGUUCCAGAACCGUUGCUAGGAUACGACCCGUAACCGAGAGUCCGGCGAGUAUGGACUCUGCUUACUAGGAGCCUGAGGAACCGCUUCCACCCGAGUUACUGCGUUUCUUAGUGAGGAAAAUGUCUGACCAGGAGAAAGGCCUUGAUGCUCAGAAUGUUGUUGAUGCAUCAGGAGAAAGAAAGACGAUCAAUAUUCCGGUUCCCUCAGAAAAGGUUCCAGAGUCAGAUCAAACUGGAGACAGUGAAUCUGAACCAGAACCAUCUGCUGGAGGCCAAGAAAGAGGUGCUGAGUUACACAGUGACCAGAGCAUUUCAAGCCUGGGACUAAAUGAUGUCGAGCAACGCAUGGAAGACGGUACGUCAACUGAACAAGGUUCCUGUUCUCCGAGAGACUAUGGAGACUCUCUGACUAAGUCUGCGAAUGCAGUGCAGUCAGCCAAACAAUACACAGAAGACCCUCUGACGUUGCUGGAAAAAAUAAAGGCUGGGAAAGAAUCUCUGAAAACAUCAACGAAAGAUGCUUCAGCAACAGUAAAAAUUGUACUUCUUCCAGUGGGCCAGAAAAUUAUAAUGCCCUUUAAAAUCGACACCAUUUUAAAAUACCUCCAGGAUCAUUUUUCAUCCCUGUUAGGUGUCCCACCUUAUGUGCUGCAGCUGAGAAGUUCAGGAGUGAUUCUUAAAAAUAAUGAGACAUUGCUACAACAUGGAGUUAAGCCCCAGGAGGUUGUACAAGUGGAAAUCUUUUCUUUACAGCCAGAUCUAUAUCCACUCAAAAGAAUAACUAGAUUAAAUGAUGUCCCUCAAAUCAUAACUGUCAGAGUACAAACUGGCAUUGAUCUGUACCAGGAAGUGGGUGUUGAGAUUAUAAAAUCUGAUUUUCACAAACCAUUUCUUGGUGGAUUCAGGCAUAAAAUAACAGGAAUAGAAUAUCACAAUGCUGGAACACAAACUUUACCUAAAAAGAUUCUUGAAAAACAGAAUGCAUUUUGUAGGGAUACCCAGACAGUUUUUGAGAAAAGAAAGCUCCAACAAACUGCAAAUACAACAUCUACACAGAUGACUAAAAUUGGUGUGUAUGUAUCAAAUAUGACUGAUAAACUGGUAACACCAGGAAAAUAUUUUUCAGCAGCAGAAUACCAUGCUCAAAGACUGGAGGCGUUCAGAAAUUUCGAACUUCUUUAUAAUGCACUAGAACUCUGGCGGCAAGAAGAACUUGCACGUAUUAACCAAUCUUUCACUGGAGCUGAAAGGAAAGCUGCUUUGUGUCAACUUCUGGAGAAAGAGACCCAGAUAAUUGCUUCCAUUGGGAGACAUAGAUACAUCGCUUAUAUGGCGAACCAGAAAGCACUAAUACAAACUUUUUUGGAUCAGUGUUCAGCUCCAAAGAUGUGGAGAAGAUUUGAUGGCAAAAUAAUUGAGAUGGAUACACAGUUCACCAUCAGAGCCAGAGAGCUGCAAAGCAUCUAUGAAUGCAUUAUGCUGAAAAACAUCUCUCAAGAUGAGAGGCUGGAUGUACUCUUGACGCUUAAACAUACUGUAAAGGAACAUGCGUGUAAACUGACUCAGGAAAUUCUAGAAUUGAUUGACAGGGAGGUUGACCUUAUGAUGAGAGGAGUCAAACAUCAUAACCUUGAAGGACUCAGGAAAAGGAUUGCAACACUCUUCUUUCACUACAUCAGAACACCUUUGUUUAAUCCAGAAGUUGCAAGACACCUUAAGGUCCCUCAAGACCCAUUGAAGUUUUAUAAGAAGAUUUACUUUUGCCAUAGUUGCCAGCUCUAUUUGCCUUCUACAGAGUUCUCUGUAUCAUCCACCUCACACCGCAUUUACCGGUGUCGUCACUGCAUUAACCUUGACAAUGAGACUCGAAAGCGAGAAUCAUUUUUGAAGUACAAAUGUUUACUUCAACGACUCUACUAUUCAGAAGCUGAUUAUGAAGAUGAUUCUAAAAUUGCUUUCCUGAUGCAGCUAGAAGAUAUUCAGUACUUGACGGAGAACAUCUGGGCAUCCCAGUCGGCGCUCAGUGCCUGGAACGAUCUCAACGAUCUGGUCAUGGUCAGAUGGGAUAAGUCCUUGGAAUGGUCGCCCUGGAACUGCAUUCUUCUUACCAAAGAUGAAAGCGCUACUCAUCUCAAGCUGCAGAGUAUUGAAGAGGGAUAUGAACCCUUGUUUAUUCACAAGAUCAAACACAAACAUUUCCUGGCUAAGAACUAUUUUUCUCAAAUUCCACUGCUGGCUGCAUUUUUACUUGAUGAUGGUGAAGUAGAUGAGAUCAGAAAGAAUCAUCAGACAGACACCACACCUAAGAUUAUAGAAAUCCAGAGGCCUAGCCCUUAGAAGAUCCAGGAGUAUUUUUUGAUGAUCAGCAUUUUUGUCCACUGCUAGUAGAAUAAUACAGAGGUCACACAAGAUGGAAAUAGAAUUUUAUCUUUUUGUUGAUUUUAAUCGUUUUUCAUAUUGUCAUAAGUUGUAUGAAGAGAACGUUCCUAUAUAAACCCUUUACUGUUAGACAGUUAGUGCUAAAUUUAAGUACAAUUUUGUUUCCAAAAUUAGUAUUUUAAAGUGAAGAGAACAUUUUAUUUUACUUAUUUUUCACAUUAAAUUUUUUAAAAAUGUCAAGUACAUUAUAGUUAAAAUCAACAGAAAACCAAAAGUUAGGCUUAUCUUUCAACUCAUAUUUAUUUUAGAUAAAAUGUAGUUAAAGGAGAAUAAUCAGUACAAGGAUGAGAGGAAACAUUAUAGAGUUCUCCUUCAUGAAAAUCUUUACAGGUAGGAUGAAAGAUGCUAUGUUUUAAUAUAAAUAUUUGAAUCUUCACAUUUUAUCUUCAUCUUCCAUUCUUCUCAAAAUUUCAAUGGAAAAACUGAAACUAUUUAUAAACAAACAAAAAGUACAUUCCAUGCUGGAAGACAGGAUAAAUAUCUUUUGUUCUAUGGUAGAAAACCUCCCAGUGGGGCAAUAAGGAACUCUGUAAGAAGAAUAAACUUGGUCAAGUAAACUUUAACAAUUCCUUUCCCUAAUAAACCAGAAGAAUAGCCUUGACCACUUGCAUGGCAGGGACCCACAAUGAUGAACAGGGUAAUGAGUCAGUCUUAACAAAAUUGGCAGCACAUUCAAAAUAGGAUGAUUCAAGGAGAGUUUAUUUACAAAGGGUUUUUUUAUAAAGCCUAGGCAGAGUGUAGGGAAACUGAGGAAACAGUGUAGGAACCUGGGGUCAGUAUUAGAUAAGCUGUCUCUACCCUAAUCUCCAGUGAAUCUGGGGAGGGAGAGGCCUGGGAACCUGGAAAAAGUGUAAAGAAGAUAACGGAGAGGACCAGUGACCAGCUGUCACGGCCCAGAUGAUCUCAUGAGCCUGACAGAUAAACACUCUGAUCUCAUCUUCUCCCUUCCUCCAGUCUCCUGCUUGGAUUUCCCACUGGCGGAACCCAAAAGGAAAGCAAAAAAGACAGAAGUCUGUGGACACAAUUCAUACAGCUUCAGGGCAAAGAUCAAAGGAGAUAAGAGGGAGUGGAUCUGGCUGGCUCAGGAGAAGAUAUCCAGCUGAGAGAGGAUUAAAAGUGAAAAUGAAGAUCUGUAAUUCAAGUAGUAAUAUUUCAACACACAACAUAAUUAUAUAUGUGUGUAUGUACAGAGAGAGAAUUCUCCCAAUUCCAGUCAGCAGUUAGCAAGGCUGUUCUCUCAAGCUUAGUGAUCAAGGAAACAAGGAAUUCAAUCUAAAUAUUAAUACUUGUUUUACAAAAUAUUUUCCAACACUUUAACAACAUAUUUUCUAGGAUGUCCACAGCGGUUUUACUUGGCAAAUGAAUGGCACGUGGAUAUUUAAGGAACUAAACAUCAAAAAGGGAAGUGCUAUUCUCAAGUUUUCAUAGACAAUUCAGAUGUUCUGGGAACUUUCUAAACAGUAAAUUACAGAUAGGAUUAGAUUGGGGACCAUUCUGAUCACUGAUAAAAAGGUUAAGAUUUAACACAGACAAAAGUGGGUUUACACUGGAAGGACAAUGAGCAGAGUUUCACAAGACAGUUCAGGAGAAUCCCCUAGCUCGGAGCAGGAAGGGCUGGGGAGGCAGGCAGUGAGAGGGCAAUAGUUAGACAGACGCAAAUGAAGGACACUGAGAAUUCCUCUGUUGACCUCGGGGUGAAGCAUCUGACUAGAUGGCAUUUGCUUACGGUGAUAGAAGACUGUGGCGCACAGCUGAGGGGCAGGCCAACCAGAGCAGUUGAAUCACAUAUGAAAAGGGACAGCAUCUUAAUUUAGGGCUGGGAGAAUAACCACAAAGAGGGGGAAAAAAAA